AUGGCGGGAUUAGAUUACCUUCUCUUCGAAGAGGCUACCGGAUAUGGUAUUUUCAAAGUCCUCAUACAGCAAGAUGACAUCGCCUCCAGGUCUAAAGAAGUUCAAGAAGCAGCCCAUGACUUGUCAAAAUUUUCCAAAAUGAUUGAAUUAGUUUCGUUUGCUCCUUUCAAAGGUGCUGCACAAGCUUUGGAGAAUGCGAAUGAUAUUUCUGAAGGUUUGGUCUCUGAUUACUUGAAGGAAGUGUUGGAGUUGAAUUUACCCAAGACCAGUAAAAAAAUCACUUUGGGUGUAUCGGAUAAAAACUUGGGUCCAUCCAUAAAGGAAAUUUUCCCCAAUGUUGAUGUAUUGUCUAACGAAAUAGUUCAGGAUUUCCUCAGAGGUAUUAGAGUGUUUGGUGCCAAAUUGUUCAAAGAUUUACAAGAUGGUGAUAUAGAACGAGCACAAUUGGGAUUGGGACAUGCUUUUUCUAGAGCUAAAGUUAAGUUUUCGGUGCAAAAGAAUGACAACCAUAUUAUCCAGGCUAUUGCAUUAUUGGAUCAAUUGGAUAAAGAUAUAAAUACAUUUUCAAUGAGGGUUAAGGAAUGGUACGGAUGGCAUUUUCCUGAAUUGGCCAAGAUUGUUUCCGAUAAUUAUCAAUUUGCCAAAUUGGUGCUUUACAUCAAAGACAAGUCGAAUUUAACAGAAGAUGAUUUACAUGAUGUGGCUGCUAUAUUAAAUGAAGAUUCAGGAUUGGCUCAACGUGUCAUUGACAAUGCCAAGAUUUCCAUGGGUCAAGAUAUUAGUGAACAAGAUAUGGAUAAUGUCAUUACUUUCGCUCAAAGAGUAGUCAAUUUAACUGAAUACAGACAACAAUUGUUCAAGUACUUGACCGAUAAGAUGCAUACUGUGGCACCAAACUUGUCGACGUUGAUUGGUGAAGUUGUUGGAGCUAGAUUGAUUUCUCAUGCCGGGUCAUUGACCAAUUUAUCCAAACAAGCAGCAUCAACAGUACAAAUCUUGGGUGCGGAAAAGGCAUUGUUUAGAGCAUUAAAGACAAAGGGAAACACACCAAAGUAUGGGUUGAUUUACCAUUCAUCAUUUAUUGGUAAAGCUGGUGCUAAAAACAAGGGAAGAAUUUCGAGAUAUUUGGCAAACAAGUGUUCUAUUGCUUCAAGAAUUGACAACUAUAGUGACGAGCCAACCACGGCUUUUGGUGAAGUAUUGAAGAGGCAAGUUGAAGAUAGAUUGAAAUUUUACGAUACUGGAUCAGCACCAAUGAAGAACUCUGAUGCUAUUAAGGAAGCUUUGGCAUUGACUGGAGGCUCUGUUGGUGAAGAUAUUGAAAUGGAUGAUGUUGAAGAUAAACUGGAGAAGAAGGAAAAGAAAGAGAAGAAAGAAAAGAAAGAAAAGAAGGACAAGAAAGAGAAGAAGGACAAGAAGGACAAGAAGGAGAAGAAGGAGAAGAAGAGAAAAGCUGAUGAUGAGGAAGAAACGCCAAAGAAGAAGAAAAAGAAAUCCAAGGAUUAA